AUCGUCGACGCUUCGGUUUCCCCAAAAAUAAAAUAUUAAUUCCCAGCCGAACCGAACCAUCCUGAACUGAACUGAACCGUUGACUGUGAAUUUUGUUUGACUUCCCAUGCACUCGUGUCAGUUGCGUUCUGCGUUCCGUGCGCUGCGGCUGCGUUACUAGCUGAAUUUCAGUUUUAUAUAAACUACAACAGCAAAAACCAACAGUUAUCCGUGAAAUGAACAGUUAUUUAAAAGUAAAAAAACCCAAUAAUUUCAAUAGAAUCAAUUAAAAUGUAAAUGAAACCCAAAAUGUGUACUACAACACUGAACAGAUUUAAACCAUAAGUACAAAUAUUUGCGGAACAGCUGUUGAAUAAUUUGCAUAAAUCAACGUUGGAACAACAACACUUUGGGCUCUAGUUCUGCAGAGCGCUCUCCUCCUCGAUAAUUAAUUAUUAAUGCAUCUGGUGGGAGGACUCUGCUCGGCUGUCCUUGGCAGCAAAGGCAUACGCAAAAGCAAAAGCAAAGCCAGUUGCAACAGUGAGUGACAGCCAGCAAUCACAAAGGACUUGCAGCAACAAUGGCCAGUGGCAACAAUGAAACUGCGCCGCUCUACUGCGGCAGCGGCAUGGAUAAUUUCCACACAAGCUACAAAAAUAUGCAUGGCUAUGUUUCCCUGGUGGUUUGCAUUCUGGGCACCAUUGCCAAUACCCUAAACAUUAUUGUGCUAACGCGACGGGAGAUGCGCUCCCCCACAAAUGCCAUUCUCACGGGUUUGGCCGUGGCCGAUCUGGCAGUUAUGCUGGAAUAUAUACCCUACACCAUACACGACUAUAUACUGACGGAUAGUUUGCCGCGAGAGGAGAAACUGAGCUACAGUUGGGCCUGUUUCAUCAAGUUCCACUCGAUUUUUGCCCAAGUUCUGCACACCAUUUCGAUUUGGCUGACAGUGACUCUGGCCGUUUGGCGUUAUAUUGCGGUGGGAUAUCCGCAGAAAAAUCGCGUCUGGUGCGGAAUGAGAACCACUAUAAUAACGAUAACCACAGCCUAUGUGGUGUGUGUCCUGGUGGUUUCCCCCUCUCUCUAUUUGAUCACGGCCAUCACGGAAUAUGUGGAUCAGUUGGAUGUGAAUGGCAAGGUGAUAAACUCCAUACCGAUGACCCAGUACGUAAUUGAUUACCGCAAUGAGUUAAUGAGUGCCAAGGCGGCUGCUCUGAAUGCCACGCCCCCAAGUACAGCAUCGAAUGAAACGGUGUGGUUGAAUGUGAGUUCCCUGAUGACAUCGACAACCACAGCUGCACCACCAACCACUCCAUCGCCAGUGGUGCGAAAUGUGACGGUCUAUAGGUUGUAUCACAGUGACUUGGCAUUGCACAAUGCCUCGCUGCAAAAUGCCACCUUUCUUAUAUACAGUGUGGUGAUCAAGUUGAUACCCUGUAUUGCGCUAACCAUACUCUCGGUUCGAUUGAUCAUGGCCUUGUUGGAGGCCAAGAGGCGAAGGAAGAAACUCACCAGCAAACCCCUUGCUCCGGCUGCCAGUAAUGGGACCAAAUCGGUGAUCAAUGGAAAGGCAGCUGACAGACCCCGGAAAAAUAGCAAAACUUUGGAGAAGGAAAAGCAAACGGAUCGUACUACUCGAAUGCUGCUGGCUGUCCUGCUGCUCUUUCUCAUCACCGAAUUCCCACAGGGAGUUUUGGGUCUUCUAAAUGCCCUACUCGGAGAUGUAUUCUAUCUGCAGUGCUACCUAAGACUGAGUGACCUCAUGGACAUCUUGGCCCUGAUCAACUCCAGCAUCAACUUCAUUCUGUACUGCUCGAUGAGCAAACAAUUCCGGACAACGUUCACGUUGCUAUUUCGUCCGAAAUUUCUGGAUAAAUGGCUGCCGGUGGCGCAGGACGAGAUGGCAGCUGCUCGAGCUGAGCGUUCGGCGGUGGCACCUGUCCUUGAAAAAGGACGACAGCAGCCCCAGGUGGUGACGGCCACGACGACCACCAACAUCACACAGGUGACGAAUCUGUAGCACAGGCGGAGUCGUGGUCGCCGCACUAUGCUCAGCCGGCUGUUGAGUGUCCUGAAGCGCAGGCGGAGGGAGUCCUCCGGGGGAGGGGGAAGGGGAAGGGGAGGUCCUGUGGGAGGAAGUGGGGCGGUGGAGCCGGAGGCGGAUCCCUUGGCCUUGCAAUUCCAGGCCAUCGUUGUGGUCGUGGACAAGGUGAGCGGGGCCACGGAUCACCAGCUAUAUACCGCUGAACAGGCUCGAAUUGUGACGUAGUUACCCUGAUAAUAGAUACAUACGUUUAGUUGUCCUUGUAAAAAGUAAACUAGUCGUGUAAGAGCCCAACUAAAAACGAGUUAUUUGCAUACUUUGGGGAAGAAUCGUAAAACCCGAAUAGUAUAAUAAUAGUAAUAAAACGCUGGCUCAUCACUCAUACGCACCGUUGCGUUUUCCUCUAUUCCCUCUUCGCAGUCAAGUGGAAGUUGUAAAAAUGCUGUGAAUAAAUUCGCACAUAUAACGUACAGUUGUGAUUAAAAUAAUAGUACCCUUGGCUUUGUUUCAACAUUAAAAAUUCUUUAAUAAUAAAACUAAACUUCGUCAGUUUGAAAACUUA